CCGCAACCGAAAGACACUACUAGCACCACUACUGAUUUGAAUUUGUAUGCGACUUAUUUGGAAAUCAUGUUAAAACAAAAGCACAUCGCACAGCGUCUGACUGCAACAACAAAAAACUCACUAAAUGCACUGAUUAGUAACAUGUCCUUAAGUAAUGAAGAUAAUGGGUUAAAACACAAAGCAAGCACACAAUUAGAAAAGUUGCGACUGUUACCUUUCAGAAAGAUAAAAUUCAACAGCAAGCUCUAUCACGAUCAAAAUGAUGCCAAUUUGGUUCAACGGCUAAAGCUAAAGUUUGGGAAAAACUCGAUUUUAGUGAUAGGUAAUUGGUCUGCUCCGAAUACGAAAUUCCAGGAGCCCACAAGAAGUAAAGGCCUAAUCAAAAUGUUGAAGAAGGCAGGAUUUACUGUUCUUUUAAUCGACGAGUUUAAAACGUCCUCAUAUUGCCCUACUUGCGAAAGCGAACUGGAGACAUUCAAGACUGUUGUCAACCCUCGCCCAUACAAAAGAGCCGAUGCACCAACUGUUGAAUGUCACGGUUUAUUAAGGUAGACGAUAAUAAUAAUUGUAGAAUGGAGCUAUUAAUGACUAUAACCACUGGAUUAUUAGAUGUCAAAAUCUUAAAUGUCUUGAUAACGGCGAAAAACAAAGAAGAAAACUCUGGAACCGGGACUUGGCCGCAGUGCUGAACUUUAAGAAGAUAGUUGAAAGCUUACGAGAAACUGGUCGAAGACCAGCAAUAUUUUGCAGAAAAAACACCGAAACUAUCCACCAAGGUUAACGCUUUGGUUAUUUAAUGCAGGUAAGCUAAACAUCUGAAAAAUAAUUUUGAUUCGUCCAAAAAAAAAUUAACAUCGUCUGAAUUUGAAGUAGAAAUACUGUAGUCUGAGCAAAAG